AUGCCGCAUGUCACAAGAAAAUGGGAAUUAUUCCCAGGACGUAAUAGAUUCUGCUGUGAUGGUAGAGUCAUGAUGGCACCACAGACAGGAGUAUUUUACAUAACUCUAUGCCUGAUUGCUGGAACAAGCGCAUUAUUUUUUAUUUAUGAUUGUCCAUACUUGGCGCUCCACAUAACUCCAGCGAUACCAGUGAUAGGUGGAUUACUUUUUAUGUUCGUAAUGUCAGCAUUAUUACGGACAAGUUUUAGUGACCCUGAAGUCCCCAACAAUGGCAACUCUCCAACGUAUCGACCGCCUCCACGGACGAAGGAAAUCCUCGUGAAGGGACAGCCAGUUAAACUAAAAUAUUGUUUUACUUGUAAAAUAUUUAGACCUCCAAGAGCGUCUCAUUGUAGUCUAUGUGACAACUGUGUUGAGGGAUUCGAUCAUCAUUGUCCGUGGGUUGGAAAUUGUGUGGGUAGAAGGAAUUAUAGAUAUUUUUACGCAUUUAUCGUAUCCUUAGCCUUCCUGUGUGUUUUCAUCUUUGCUUGUGCAAUAACACAUCUUAUCAUGCUGACGCGAGAUGAUAGACCAUUUCUAGAUGCAAUUAAAAAUUCACCAGGAAGCGUUGUGGUUGGUGUUGUUUGUUUUUUUUCCAUUUGGAGUAUUUUAGGUCUUGCUGGGUUUCAUACUUAUCUUACAAGUAGUAACCAAACAACAAAUGAAGAUAUAAAAGGUUCGUUUUCGAGUAAACGAGAACAAGAAAGCUUUAAUCCAUAUAGUCAUGGAAAUAUUUGUGGUAAUUGUUUUUACGUACUCUGUGGACCAGCUCCACCAAGUCUUAUCGAUAGAAGAGGAAUAGUAACUCCUGGAUAUAGAGCUGAACGUGAGAGAACUUGUGAAGAUUAUGUGAUCGCCAAUAAUAAAGCUUAUGGCACAGUUAAAGUUAUGCAGCCACAAGCAAACGGACACAGUAUUCCUUCUCAUGUAGAUAAUGAUAUUACUGGUUCAAUGAAUAAUCUUGUCGCUGGUCAACGUUCACCGCGGAUUGAAUCAUUAAACGGUGAGUUAACACUUAUGAGCCAGUUACCACGUUGCCCUGUUGAAUUACCCAAGUAUCGUCAGUACACAAACGAAGUAUACAUUCCAAAAUAUUCAACGCCGCGACGUUGUGCUCAAGAUCGCGUGCAACCUGGUGAUGCUUAUGCUGCCGAAAUAGAACGUCUGAAUGCCGAAGUUCAAAAAUUUAAUUAUAAAUGUGAGGAAACUUUGCAAAGAUAUCCACAGAGAUGUCGUGAAGAGUACCAACGCUGUUCUGAAAAUAAUUUAAUACACAACCAACAACAGUAUACUGUUGAUCAAAAAUACGCGAUUGAUCUUCAAAAAUAUCCUCGUGGAUACUCGGAAGACUAUUUAAGAUAUGGCGAUAUUGAUAAUGAUAACGAUGAUGGUUAUAGAAAGUCGAUAGACUUACAAAAAUUUCCUCAGCGUUAUUCUGAAGAUCCAUCACAUUCAUAUCACUCGCCGCAGACUCUUAAAUACAAUAAUCUUAGAUGUAAUCAACAUGGCUUUAAGUAUCCAAUUAGUAAGAAUAUUUUACCUAAUAGAAUAUUAGGCUCUGGUAAUAUUCCUAUGAUUGGUCAAAGUGCAAUCGGUCUAGUAGUUAAUAGAUUUGGUUCAGCACCUUUAAAUUAUGAUAUGGCCUUUAUGGAUAAUAAUUCUAUUUGUCCAGGAGAAAGUGCUGAGGAUAAUUUAAUGAAUCGUCGUAGUACAACAAACAGCGUAAGCCACCUUGUUUCCAACGAAAUGCCAUUGGCUUCACUGAGUAUUCCACCGAUAGACAUUGAUGAGAUUGCACCAUUACCACCGAAACAAAGUGUAAUUAUUUCACCUGUAUUAGGCACGACGAUGCCACAGAUGACUGUUACGACACCCUUGUCGGCCUCGCGAUUACGAUUACUUCAAGACACAACAAUGAUUGAGUCUGCACUCGACUUAGAUUCUUUAGAAGAGUCAAGUGUAGGUCGCGGAAGUCAGACGGGACUUAUUAAAAUAGGUAUUGUUUAA